CAUAUUUCACGGACAUUGGCUAGGGAGUUGGACAAGAUGCCCGUGUUGUGUGUAUUGUGUUUGACAAAUGCUGGUGCAGUUUGAUUGUUUAUGUCGGCGUGACAGGUUCAGUCAGCUGUUUAUUUCAGACUCGUUUAACAGGAUACCACUCUUUUUCACCAACAUGCAACAUACUGCCUGAGCAUUUAGGCAUAGCAUAAGGAUCUGUGGUGUCCCAUGUUUGGCCAGGUGCCAGCUUUGAAGAGAGCUCAAGAUAACUGAGGUGCUGGUAAAACAAAGUGUUACAGUGUUCAAAGAUUGGGCUGGAUGACUGGAAUAACAGUGGAGAUGUUGGCAAGGGAAAGAGGGACAGACAACAUGCACAGGGAGUGACUGGAUGUUACUGUCACCAGCGGCCGCCAGUGUCAUUCUCGUACCUAUGGCCAGCAGGUCACAUGCAGUGCCUGGACAUGUUAACGGGACCAAGUUAGUCUAUUCCAGUGGAGGAUCCGGCACUUCGGUUGGGUGUUUGCCCUUCUCACAGAACCGACAGUCGCUACCAAACUAUCCGGAUAUUGUUGAUAAUGAAAUCUGCUUUCAGCCGGUUAAUUCGGAGAGUUCUAUUAAUGAGUUGAGUCCGAACGAUAUCCGAUUAGAAACUGCUCCCGCGAGCGUUGGUCUUUCCGCGUCUUCAUCCAAUCACGAUGGGGUGGUGCAAGAGCGGCCGGGGAAUCCGGAUGCGAGACCAGUAAUGAUCACUGAUUCACGACAGAGACUGUCGCAAGGAGGAAAUGCGGGAAAUCUGUACCCGGCGCUUGUGGAUGUGAAUCUUCCUCCAUCAGGUGGGACGCCGGGAGGCGGUCACCCCAGGACGAGCCACCUACCACCGUACCGUCAGAUCCAGACCCGGGAUAUCAGCGUGGGGAUUUCCACCCGGCUUGACCCCCACCAGUCAGACGCCCUCCCCGACCUUCUGCACUCACACGUCUCUGUCCCCGUCACUCCGACCCGGCCGAACCAGCACCGGCAGACCCGCAGCAACGACAGGAGGGGUCACGGGACAGACCACAGAACCCGCAACCAAAGACACAGGAACCAUGAGGGCAGUGGCCGCUCGCGUCAUGCCAACAGGCGCAGCCGCACAAGAGCGAACAGUGCGAGUCAUUCGGAUGACGGCGUGUGUAAAGAGCCGUGCGUCAAGUGUUUCGUCAAGGUAACCUCGUUCCGAUGGGUUCUUGUCGUGCUCUCCAUGCUUGGUGUGUGCUGCGUUGUCACAGGGAUUGUACUGGCGGCGCUGCAUGCAGCGGGAAACAGUUUCCUCUUUUUAGCGAUUAUGUUCAUUGGCCUUGGAGUGCUGCUGGUCAUAGUGGUUGGGGUUGGGUGGAAGUGCACGCCGAGAGGACACGAACCGCUUCACGCUCUGUUUGGUCUCGGAGACUACCGCCGGCGGAGGGAGCGUCGCGGACAUCGCACAUACCGACCACGUGACGGGAACUGGUAUGGAGGAGUGGUAUACCCCGAGUUCCAGUACCGUCGCCCUCCGCCGUCGUACGCUGCGUCGAUGCAGGAAUACCAGCAGCAGCUUGCCCUGGCUCAGCAGCAGUGUAUGCAGUCUGGUAACGGACCCAACCCCGACAACUGCAGUCUUCCGAGCUCCCCACCCCCGUCCUACCGGUCCCGCACCAGCACCAUACACUCAGGAAUUCACAUCGCCUUCCCACAGGACGGGACAUACCCCAACUCUCAGCCCCCGACCUACAGGUCACAGGCUGGGCGCCAUCAGCGGCCUCCGUUACCGUUGGUGACCAGUGACGAUGGGAGUACGGAAGUUCUUCCGGGAGGAGACGUUUCAUUUGCAGGCCCCGAGCCUGGUGUUGUGCACGGUGUGGAGACGAACCAUCAAAAUGUUGCUCAAGUUCUGAAUGGUAACGUCAGACAUGAACAAAAUCCAUCCACUGUUGCUGCUGUGUCUGCUGUUACGUCUGCUCACCAGGUGAAUUCGUCCACUCGACAGUAUCAAAACGAAGUCCAGGAUUCUGCUGUGUCUUCUUCUUCUGGAACUCAUUCCGUGCCUUCUGGUACCUCUGGAGCUCCGCCUGGUGGUUCUGUAGUGAACGCUGAUAACAGUGGUGUCGGUUCUAGACCCUACAGAGCUCAUUCUAGUGUAAACAAUGUUCCGUCUGCAACUAAUGGAUUAAAUUCUGUGGCAACCGCAGCUGAUUCUGCUGGUUCAGGCUCGGCGAUUUCCCAGGGAUUUAGUUCUGUGGCAGCAGCGGCUGCAGGUAGUUCCAGUAUUACUAGUUCAGGAAGAACAGACGCUCAAUCUUCUUCUGAGCAUACAGACGCUAUUCACACUGAGCAGACGGCAGACGAACAGCCAGACCAUAUUGAGAGCUCAUUGUGAAGCUGAUUUUCUGAAAGUUCAUCGUGAAGCUACUUUUUAAAAACUUCAUCAUGAAGCUACUUUUUAAAAGUUCAUUGUGAAGCUACUUUUUUAAAAGUUCAUUGUGAAGCUACUUUUUAAAAGUUCAUUGUGAGUUACUUUUUAAAAGUUCAUUGUGAAGCUACUUUUUAAAAGUUCAUUGCGAAGCUAUUUUUUAAAAGUUCAUUGUGAAGCUACUUUUUAAAAGUUCAUUGUGAAGCUAUUUUUUAAAAGUUCAUUGUGAGUUACUUUUUUGAAAGUUUCAUCAUGAAGUUACUUUUUAAAAAGUUCAUUGUGAAGCUAUUUGUUUUUUAAAGUUCAUUGUGAAGCUAUUUUUUUUUAAAGUUCAUUGUGAAGUUACUUUUUAAAAAGUUCCAUCAUGAAAUUACUUUUUAAAAAGUUCCAUCAUUAAGUUACUUUUUUGAAAAGUUUCAUCAUGAAGUUACUUUUGAAAGUUCAUUAUCAAGUUAUUGUUGAAACUUAUGUACGGUACCAAGUUGUUUUUAACCUUAUUUUGGACCAAAAAACCCAGAAAGGUCCAGCUUGUUAUUUCUGUUUUGUUUCAAAAAUAAGGGUGAAGUUUCUGUUUUUAGUUAUUCAUUAAAAACAGUCCUUUUUCACAAUAUUCAUUGGACGUUUUUGUAUGGAGAUAUAAUUUUUAAGCUUUUGCAUUUUGUAUUACAAGAAAAAAGAUUGUGCAAUAUGCAAUUAUGUGCAAGCUGUUGAACUUCAAGAAAGAUGACUUGCUCAUAUACACAACCUGAAGGAACAAUGAAUUCUAUUCAGAACAAAGUUGAAAUCUUCAUUGUAUAUAAAAACCACAUUGUUUUUGCAUUAAUACUUUAUUUAUGUAUAUAGUGCUAUCAAAAUGAAGUUUAAAAAACCAUUUACUUAAAGUGCGAUGAAUGUUCUUGUUUUUGUGUAUUUAAAUGGACACAAUGGCGUAAUAAUAUAGCAUGUGCAUGGAUUAUCUGGGUCACUACCAUCUUCAUUACCAAAGUGCCUUCAAUCUAGUCCCUUUUUGAGAAAUGAAAUCUUGACUUUCCCCUCCCCAUCUGUAAUCAUCGUCUCUUCAUAGCCGAGAACAUGCAAGCAGUGAAUUUGGAGAUACUGUUAUUUGUUAGUGGUUGCACUGAGAUUGUGAACAGAUUGAAGUUCUUCAUUAAUGGUUGAGACUAGCUGUAGCGAUUGUGAACAGAUUGAAGUUCUUCAUUAAUGGUUGAGACCAUAGCGAUUGUGAACAGAUUGAAGUUCUUCAUUAAUGGUUGAGACCAUAGCGAUUGUGAACAGAUUGAAGUUCUUCAUUAAUGGUUGAGACCAUAGCAUUUAUGAACAGAUUGAAGUUCUGCAUUAAUGGUUGAGACCAUAGCAAUUGUGAACAGAUUGAAGUUCUGCAUUAAUGGUUGAGACCGUAGCGAUUGUGAACAGAUUGAAGUUCUGCAUUAAUGGUUGAGACCAUAGCAAUUGCGAACAGAUUGAAGUUCUUCAAUGGUUGAGACUGAAGUGAAUGUGAACAUAUUGAAUUACUUCAUUAAUGGUUGAGUUAAUGAUUAUGCAUAGAUUUCAGUUUGAGUUAGAGAUUGAGAAGAGAAGACUGAAGUCCAUUGUUAAUGGUUGAGUGAGGGAUUGUGAAGUAAUGACUGAAAUUCUUCAUUAAUUAUGGAGUUGGGGAUUGAGACGUUUAGGACUGAAGUUCAGAGUGGUUGAACUAGUGACUAUGUAGAUGGUACUGAAGUUCUUAGUUCUGUAAUUAGGAUGUAAAAACGAGACUGAAGAUCAUAGUGGCUGAAUGAGACCUUGUGUACAAGAUGGAAGUUGUGAGAUGCAAAGUUAGAGCUUGUGAAGAAUGGAUUGAAUCACCAACACUUACAAUAGUACAAGAGAUAUGACACAUGUACACAUUUAUGUGACGGUUGUGAUAAUAUUUAUUACAUGUAAAUGUAUUGGAUCUUGAUAUUUAAAAUUUUCCAGCUAUAGCCGUGCCUUUUUGAAGUUUUUUUUUUUUUAUAUAUUAUAUACUAAUAAGUGAUUUUACAUGUAUAUGUAUGUGCCGUUAAAAAUACUGAGAUUUUAAUAUUUUUAUAUUGUUGCAAUAACAGAAUGUCUUGUGUAAAACUAAGUUGCAUCAGUUUGUUAAAUAUUGUUGUGCUAGCACUAGGUCAGUAUGAAUAAUAAUAAAAAUUAGAAGAAAAACAAUUCUAAGUAUUAUUUGUUCCUACACCUGAGCUAACCAUUCAAACAAAAUGUUUUAAAAUUAAAUGUAAAUAAACUGCAGACAAUAUUCAUGAAAAACAAAAAGUAAACACAAUUUUUUGUAUGUGAAUUGAAUGUUCAAAGUGUAAUUUGUAUACAUGUAGUACAAUGCAAGUGUACCAGUGUUAAAGCUUCUUUACAUUUUCUACACCAAAAUAUUUGUUACAGAAAAUCUAUUAGAAUAUUUAAUUUAUUUUCAAAUUAUUUUCACAUAUCUUAAAAGAUACUGAACAGCAAAAGAAAUAUGAAUAUUAAUUUACUUUUUUUUUAAUUUAUUUAAAUUGAUUUAGUUUGAAUUAUGUAUGUCUUGUGAACAUUUUAGGUCCAUUUUGACAGUCUAUUUAUCCAAAAUUAGUUUUAUUAUGACAUGUAUACUUGUGUACAUAUUAAAAUAUUCACAUUUCUUUUGUUGUUCAGUAUAAAUAUAUGAAAAUCUGAUAGAUACGGAUUAAUUUGUAUUUUUUUUAUGUUUGAGCCUGUAUUAUUUACUAUUUAUAAUUCAGUAAUACUUGUAUAUGUAUGUGCGAAGACAAAAGAAUACAAUGGGGCAUUAGUCAUUUUAGCAGAUAUUUUAGUGAAUAAUGUAUCAUUUUGGGUAGUAUUAGCAUUACAAAAUAGUAUUGAAAGUGGUUUUUAAAAAAGUAUAAUUCACAUUACUUAGUUGCUGAAUGGAUCCUUUGCCUACAAAAAUUAAGUGAAUGUAGCUAGCUUUGGGCUAUGUUUACUAUGAAAAUGAUUAAAACAUAUACAUGUAUGUUUUCCUACAAAGUAGAUAUUUAAUUUUGAGUUACAUCCCUCUGAAGAAAAUAAACAAAACAAACACAAGUUCGUCUAGGCAUAGGCAUUUUAUAUCAGCACUUCUUUUUAAUGACAAAAUUCAAACUUAUCCACAGUGUCUUUUGUAUGUUUUCUUAUCAAAUAAAAAUAUUUCAAUGUCAUGUUAAUAUGACUAUUGCAAUAGUUUAUUGUAAACUUGUGAUUGUUAAUGUAUUUCCAUUAAUUAUUUUCUUGUUUUUGUUUUCUAUAUGUAGUCAAAUAACCAUAAAUAAAACUUAGCUGUAUGUACCAUAUUUUAUUCAUAAUAUUAAUUAUUCUAACAGGAUUUGUAAUAAUAUAAUGUAAUGUUAACAAUCCAUGGUUCGUGGAGCACAGUUUGUAUUAAACAAUUAUUACUCAUUUACACACUUUGAUAGUCAGAUUGUGGAUCCAUCGAAACAUAAAUAGAGAUUUUGAAGAUUUUAUUAAUGAAAACUGUAACAAUU